AUGGCUCGCUUACGGACAUCGGCGAUAGCGAGGAGUCCUUUCCGUGAUCUCCUCGUGCCCUCUGGAGUCGGGAACCUGGAGUCUGGAGAUAUUGAACCGACUUGUUUGCGAGAAACGCAACGCAGACCCGUGAUGCGGAGGUUUCGACAUGUGGAGAGACGUCUGCCGUUAUUCCGUCAGCGUGAUCCCACGGAACACCGCUUGUCAAAUCGAGAAAUUGUCAUUCGUCGACGCCAUUUACUCAUAAGUCAUCAACUGCGGGGACGCGAUUACACCACUAGGCUUCAGUCACGCUUCGUCGCCGGCGAUUUGCCGUCACUCAGAGGAGGCAAGCACAGUAAGCGGCAGUCCAAACGUAUUCCACGCCAAGGUAUGGAUGGUGGAGAACAGUCCGCUGCCCCGGAAGUGUCGGUGAUUGGGACGUUUGUCUUUUUGUUUCCUCGGCGCAGCCUGUGGGAACUUGAGCCUGGUUUCACGGCUAUCCGCGGCGUUACUAACGAUCUGGGGGCCAUUCCAGCCACGUCCCAAAGUCCGACUACCUUCGUCGUGAUCCGUGAAGUAUUACCUAUGCAGUUAGAUACUCUUAGUCGGGCACCGUUGAUGAGACAUGCUCGCAUGGAAAACGGACCCGGAGAAGAGUUGAUGGGCGAAUCACCUUGCCACCCUGCUUCAACAAUGGAUCUAUCUCCCUUUGGGGGCCCCUCCUCCCAAAUCCUGAACCAGGCAGCAGCAUGGAUUGGAUGUCAUCCACCCGUCUGCAACCCCGGCUUCACCGGCACCACUAGGCGAAUCACCAAGGGAACAGUAGGAGAGGCCUACAGAGUAUGGAUACUGAUUGGCCUUUUGGCUCGGCACGACAGCCUAUGGGAACCCUUCAACAGGUCAUUGUCAAACAGGCAGCCCAGCCAUCCCUCAUCCAUUGUGCAAUUCUUCACGCGCAGGCAGCUGAGCAGUAGCCUUGCAUGGGCUUACGGCUCUAGACGUCAUGAAGCGCGAAAUCCCUUGAACAAUAGGGUUUUACAAAAUGCGAGGACGAAAGUCGACGCGGAGCAUCGUGUAAACUUCACAAGUUCGCAUCACCGCCGUCACGCCCUUGUCAAAACCCGCCAGGUAGCACCGCGUGCACGCAAUCGCUCCAGCGGCCUCAGGUUUGGGAAGAACACUGUGGAUUCUGCAAGAGGAGGAAAUGGACCGGUGUCGGCGAUAGAGGGACAGCGUGGGCGAUUUAGUCACCGGUUCGCCGACGUGUCAACAUGGAAGCGACCUGUCCUCUCCGUCAUGGAGGAUGACUCUUACGAUGUGCUGUCCUUAUCACCGCAAAUAUGGCCCGUUGCGGGGGAGACAAGUCCGAAGAGAAAGCGAGCCCGAACGAUCGGAGGCAGAAAGGGCCAAGGUGUUCCGAACUCUUUGUCGAGCCCGUGUCGAUUAGCUGCAAUGCUUGCUGGAGUCGCUGCGGCCCUGCGGCCACCUUUGAGUCUUGGCCUCUGUCCCCUCCCCGCCGGAUAUGCUUUUGCCCCAGAUCUUGGGUUUCGCGCACGACUCGCGGUGGGAAGACUCGUGUCCAGUGACGAAGUCUCUCGGCUCCUCAGGCACGCAUUCGAACGGAGUCCACGAUGCUCUGUCUUUGCAUUCAUUCGUAAGGGACCCCAGGUGCUGGUAACCGAGGCACACGGCGGACGCGGCUGUCCCCAGUCAAAGUAG